AUGGCAUCGGCAUCUUAUAAGAAACCUCGUCUUAGAGAUUUAGCUUUGCGCCGUUUGUUGUCUGUGGUGUUUGUUACCUUAUGUGGGGUUUUGAUAUUGAUAUUUCUACUUGGAUCAAAUUCAACUUUGAACAAUGAAACUAAGGAUUUAGAUAUUGUUGAUGAUGGUUCGAGAUACCGUCGCGAUUUGAAGUUUACGAAGGUGCAAACUCUUCCACAACAGAGUGAUUUGUCACUCAUAUUGGAGAAGUUGAAUUUGUUGCCUCCAAGAAACUUGGAUUUGUAUCCAAAUCUUGCUAAGGAUGCUAUCAUUGUUGUUUUGUAUGUUCAUAACCGGCCGCAGUAUCUCCGAAUAGUUGUGGAGAGUCUUUCUAAGGUUGUAGGGAUUAAUGAGACUUUGCUUAUUGUUAGUCAUGAUGGUUACUUUGAGGAAAUGAACAAGAUUAUUAGUGGUAUAAGGUUUUGUCAAGUGAAACAGAUAUAUGCUCCGUAUUCGCCUCAUUUGUUUCCGAAUAGUUUUCCUGGUGUAUCGGUUGGUGAUUGUAAGGAGAAAGAUGAUGCGGAAGGAAAACAUUGUAAGGGGAAUCCUGAUCAGUAUGGAAACCACAGGUCGCCGAAGAUUGUAUCGUUGAAGCAUCAUUGGUGGUGGAUGAUGAACACGGUAUGGGAUGGAUUGAACGAAACUAGAGUGCAUUCGGGUCAUAUUUUGUUUAUUGAAGAAGACCACUUCAUAUUUCCCAACGCGUAUCGUAAUCUUCAGAUACUAACUUCGUUGAAGCCUAUGAAAUGUCCUGAUUGUUACGCUGCGAAUUUAGCACCUUCUGAUGUGAACUCAAGAGGCGAGGAGUGGGAAAGUUUAAUCGCAGAGAGAAUGGGAAAUGUAGGGUACUCGUUCAAUCGAACGGUUUGGAAGAAAAUACACAAUAAAGCUAGUGAAUUUUGUUUCUUUGAUGAUUAUAAUUGGGAUAUCACAAUGUGGGCGACUGUUUAUCCCUCGUUUGGCAGUCCUGUCUACACGCUACGAGGCCCGAGGACUAGUGCCGUUCAUUUUGGGAAAUGCGGUUUGCAUCAGGGUCAAGGAGAGAAUAAGGCUUGUAUUGAUAACGGCGUGGCGAACAUUCAUGUAGAAGAGCCCGACAAGGUUGCUAACAUAGUUGCAGAUUGGAAUGUCCAUGUCUAUGAAAAUCAGCCGGGUUAUAAAGCCGGGUUUAAAGGUUGGGGAGGAUGGGGGGACGAUAGAGACCGUCACUUAUGCUUGAGUUUUGCCAACAUGCAUCACUCCUCCAAAGGAACUACAUCUCUCUUGUAA